UACUUAAUGGACUGCACCCCUAACUGCAGUGAUAAGAAGACUCUAAACAAGUGGUUCUUCAUUGACAAAAUGGUUGGGUAGUUGAUCACCAACACGCUAAAGAAUAAAAUAACAAGUUCCUUUACUUUUGGAAUAUUGGACAUCACAAUUAAAGGAUCUGAAGCAGAGCCACAAUUCUCCAGUUCUCACUGAUCAAGUGCGUGCAAGUCAGUCCAGGUUGGGAAUGUCUUCUAGUUUGUCACCUUACUCACCACCAUCUGCAACGUUUUCUUCUACUUCCUACUUAACAAUUCCAAGGAGAAAGCCUAUUAAUGACUGCCUCGAUGCCAUGAAAUCGUCUUCUCCUCCUUGCAAAAAAGUUAGUAAAGAUAUCAUCUUUGAUGCUGCUUUUGAGGAAGCUGAUGCAGUUUAUCGAAAUUGGAUGAGCAAGUAUCCUUCAGCUCUGACAUCGUUUGAACAGAUCACAAACUAUGCUAAGGAUAAGAAGAUAGCUCUCUUCAUGGACUAUGAUGGAACUCUUUCCCCUAUUGUGGACAAUCCUGAUCUUGCAUUCAUGUCGAGUGCUAUGCGCACUGCAGUUAAACAUGUCGCCAAGUAUUUUCCUACUGCCAUUAUUAGUGGGAGAAGUCGUGAUAAGGUUUACGAAUUUGUUGGGUUGAAAGAACUGUACUAUGUUGGCAGUCAUGGUCUGGACUUGGUUGGCCCAGUCAAAUAUUCUGAAUCUAUCGCUACAAAUCACAAUUGCAUUAGUCCUACUGAUGAGCUGGUCAGCACUGCAAACUUGUUUCAAACUGCAAGAGAGUUUUUACCCAUGAUUGAUGAGGUUUUCAGAUCUCUCAUCGAGAAAACAAAGGAUAUUAAAGGCUCAAAAAUUGAGAACAAUAAGUUCUGCCUUUCUGUGCAUUACCGUCUAGUAGACGAGAAUAGUUGGACUGUGAUUGCUCAGUGUGUUCAUGACAUUCUCAAGAACUAUCCUCGUCUGGAGCAAACUUAUGGGAUGAAGGUUUUAGAAAUUCGCCCAAUAAUUAACUGGAAUAAAGGGGAUGCUGUAGAAUUCAUGCUUGAAUCUUUAGGACUAAAUGAUCGCGGGGCCAUGCUUCCUAUAUAUAUUGGAGAUGAUCGUACUGAUGAGGAUGCAUUCAAGGUCUUAAGAGAAAGUAACAGGGGUUAUGGUAUUUUGGUUUCUUCAGUUCCUAAAGAAACUUAUGCCCAUUUCUCAUUGAAAGAUCCAUCUGAGGUCAUGGUGUUUCUCAGAUCUCUUGUGAGAUGGAAGAAGUCUCAAAUAGCAGUAUAUAGAUCUUCGUGAUCUUUUUCCAGUAUAUCUAUUAUCCAGUAAAACAAUAAAGGAUCCAGGCUUUUAUUUUCUAUCCUUAAGCUCUUUAAAUAAGUUUCUU